GAAGGGGGUGGGGGAGAGGGGGCUGGGUGUUACUGAAGAGUCCCUCUGUUUUAUUUAUAAGAACAGAAAUGUCUGUUAUUCCAGGAAAAAAAAAUUGAAAAAAAAACUUUUCAACAAGUAAGUGUCGUGCUGGCGAUCUGCGCUUAGACAGCAGGCGGGAUAAGAGGAGAGGACGACACCUUGUUCCCGGUAAUUUAGGGGGGAGUGAGAGACGGGAGCAGUGGCUGUUCCUUUGCAUUUAGGACAGUUCGCAUUUAUUUGUAAUAAGUUAUAUUUAGUAUGCUGUGGUGUUGAUUCCGCUUAUUGUAAUAUCUCGGCGUUUCAGGGAAAAAUGCAGCAACUUAAAAAGUGACGAUCGCUAGUUAAGAUUUCUUUUUUAAUUAAAAAAGUGACUUUUCCCGAAAAAGUUCUUUUUUAUAUAAGUAUAAAACAGGUGAUUGUUUUAAACAAGCUUCCGUGGUGUAUCUCCGUGCUUGUUUUUUUUUACUAUCGAGGGGCUUUUUUUUUCUUUUCUUCUUAAAAUUUCGCUGUAGUGAACUACAUCUAAAUUCCAGAUUUCAAAAGACCGAGCUAUUUUUAUACGAUUAACGGAAACAAAGCUUUCAUUUACCUAGCAUAGGGAGGUUGAGGGAUGGAAUUUUUUAAGCUAAAUAUUUGAGUUUAAGCGUGACAAAUGAAUUGACGGCUAGUGGAGAAGAAGUUUCUAAACUUCACUUGGCAAGGGCUUUUUUUCUUUCGCGCGUGUGUGAGGUGUUUCGCCGGCAAGACACUCUGUUUAAAUUGGGAAACUGUCCCCAGCUUGGUCCCGACUGGCACAAUGGAAAGGGGAAGUGGGAAAUACAGCAUAGGAAACGGCUGGGUCUCCCGAUGAUGGAGUAAAGCCGUUUGUUCUGAAACAGCCACCGCUGCGGGCACCUCAGAGGCACGGACAUCUGCCGCGUUUGCGCCUCCAACUUGCCACUCUAUUCAGUAACUCUCGCUGCCGCCGACCUGCUUGCCUCCCUUCGCUCUCUUCUUCUUCUUCUUCUUCGCCGCCGACAAUUUGGGAGCUCCCCUGACCGCCCGCAUGCACUCCCGGGUCCGGUGCCAUGUUUGACAAAAUGAAUGCCCUCGUCUUACUGUAAGAUAAUCCAAACAGAGAUGGAACUUCUUUCCCACUUUCUGGAAGACUGAGUUUUGUUCCACACACUUUCAGAAGGAGUGUUUGAAAGUGAAUUUCAUUCCAAUGCUGACUUUGAAAGAUCCAAAAACAGAUCGAGAAACUGCUUCCAGAAGCCUCUGCUGUAUGUAGACCAGAGGCUUGAAUUUAUCGUGAGAUCUGCACCCCUGCUUGCACAUCCCACUCCAUGUGUGGUUCCAGAUCAAGACCUCCAGACUGCAUCUGAAGACUUGCGUGGAUGGGAAAAGCGUACACGCACCUGUGUCCCUGCAGGGUUCUGGCAAAUGUGGCGCUCCAAUGAAGAUCAGCAGCAGACCACAGACAAGGACAGGCUUGCCUGAAGAGUGAGCCGUCAAGUGUGAGAGAAAUUCAGCAGAUUAAGUGACAUCAGUUUCAAGGGGAUGACCGAGCGCAUUCACAGCAUUAACCUGCACAAUUUCAGCAACUCUGUACUUGAGACCCUCAAUGAACAGCGCAACCGUGGCCACUUCUGUGACGUGACGGUGCGGAUCCAUGGGAGCAUGCUGCGUGCACACCGCUGUGUGCUGGCUGCCGGGAGCCCCUUCUUUCAGGACAAACUGCUUUUGGGCUACAGUGACAUUGAGAUCCCUUCAGUUGUCUCUGUGCAGUCCAUUCAAAAACUGAUUGACUUCAUGUACAGUGGUGUCCUUCGAGUCUCCCAGUCUGAAGCUCUGCAGAUCUUGACUGCUGCGAGUAUCCUGCAGAUUAAGACAGUCAUUGAUGAGUGUACUCGUAUUGUCUCUCAGAAUGCUGGCUCUGCUGGAAUUAGAGGGUUUACACUGAUUCCUGGGGAUUCAGGACAGGAGACUCCAAGAGGGACCCCAGAGUCAGGCACUUCAGGGCCCAGCAGCGAUGCAGAAUCAGGCUACAUGCAGCCUCACUCUCAGCAUGGCUUGGAUCGCAUUUAUUCAACCCUGUAUGCAGGAAUCUCCAUACAGAAUGGAACAACUGACCGCUCCUACUACGGAGGAGGAGUUGUAGGAAAUUAUGAGGUCCUCCAGAAGGAUCCUCAUGUGCAGGAUCCAGCCUGGAUUACCCGAAUCCAUGAAAGAUCUAGACAUAUGGAAAGGUUUCUCUCCACCUCUGAAACAACCCACUGCCGCAAGCAGCCCCGGCCUGUGCGAUUGCAGACUAUAUCAGGAGGUCUGCACAUCAAGCAAGAAGCAGAAGAUGAUUACGACUACUACAGGCAGUCAAGGGUGCAGGCACUGGAGCGCAACGAAUCAGAAGAAUGCACUGAAGAUACAGACCAGGCUGAAGGCACAGAGAGUGAACCCAAAGGGGAGAGCUUUGACUCUGGUGUGAGCUCAUCCAUUGGAACUGAGCCUGACUUGCUGGAACAGCACUGUGUAGCCAGCUUUAACCGAGAUGACCAUCAAGAUCUCAUGCAAACGGAACAAAGUGAAAUUUUAGCUGACACAGCACUACAGACUGAUGGUAAUGAAUCCUCUUCUCCAGAAAGAAUGAACGAAGAUGGUGAUACAGGAGGCUCACAGAGUGGUGGAGAGGUGGCAUUGUCCAAUGACAAAGGCUCACUGCAGCCUUUAGCAAAUCCUAUCAUAUCACAGCCUGUGCCUGGUACACAGCUAUACCUGCGCCAAUCAGAUGCCCUCACCAGCAACCUGAGAAUGCCACUCACCCUGACCAGCAACACCCAGGUUAUUGGCACUGCUGGAAAUACAUACCUGCCAACCCUUUUUGCCACUCAGUCAACUGCCAGCAGCAAGCCCUUCCUCUUCAGCCUCCCGCAGCCACUGACUGGCCAGCAGCCACAUUUUGUGACCGUGCCACCAUCCAGUCUGCCUCCAUUCUCAACUCCGCUCCCUGGUCAACAACCCCCAGGCCAGCAGGUCAGCCAGAACACUACAGUGGCUGGUCAGGGAGAGAAGAAGCCGUACGAGUGCACACUGUGUAGCAAGACAUUUACUGCAAAGCAGAACUAUGUCAAACACAUGUUUGUGCACACAGGUGAGAAACCACACCAGUGCAGCAUCUGUUGGCGCUCUUUUUCCUUGAAGGAUUACCUUAUAAAACACAUGGUGACACACACAGGGGUGCGUGCAUACCAGUGCAGCAUCUGCAACAAGCGCUUCACCCAGAAGAGCUCCUUGAACGUCCACAUGCGACUACACCGCGGAGAGAAGUCCUACGAGUGCUAUGUCUGUAAGAAGAAGUUUUCCCAUAAAACCCUCCUAGAGAGACACAUGGCACUACACAGCAGCAGCAACAACAGCAGCAGCACUAUUGGUGGCAGUGGAGGAGCAAACAUCAGCGGCCCAGUAACAGUCCCUGUCCCAGUCCCUGUCCCAGUUCCUGUUCCAGUUUCUAUCCCAGAACCUGGAGCUGGGCCAGUGUCAACUAAUGGUGCCACUGGGGCAUCAACAGGGGCUGUGACCAUCAGAGUAGGAGCUGAAGCGAGCUGCCCAGAGGGGACCACCUAUGUGUGUGCAGUUUGCCCUGCUAAGUUUGACCAAAUGGAGCAGUUCAACGAUCACAUGCGGCUUCAUGCUGCUGACGGAUAAGUAGGAAGCAAAGAAUGGCACUAGAAUUUUUAUUUUAUUAUUUUUUGCAGUUUUUUUUUUUUGUUUUUUUUUUUUUGUUUUUUGUAAUUUGGGGCAUGAAGAGUUCUAGACACUGGCACAUUACAUUACCCAGAGAAAAACUUUUUGGUAUACUUUAAGUAAAUAAAUAAUUAAAUAACAGAUGGUGGCCUUAAGGCUGUGUAGUUUGUCCGAGAUCCACUGGCUGGGUCCCCUCUACUGGCCUCUAAAUGUACCUUCUUAUGAAACUGGUUUGGGUGUUGAACACUACAGCAGGCCGACUAUCUCUAAAAAGCGUGGAUUUCUCGUUCCUGUCAAGACCAUUUAUGGACACUGGCAAUGUCCAAAUUAACUGUGGUAUUCAGGCCUCUUUUCAAAAGUUUUUACCUGGCAUGCUUUAUAAAGUAAUGAUGGUCACAAGUUUGCCUUUUCUACCCAGAGUGAAGACGAAGGAAGUUACCGUAACGACACUGGCUUUUUUUUUAAUUUAUUGCAGGGUGGCACUGGUACCAGGAGAGUUGGAGCGCAACCUGUGCUACCACCGCUAAGGUACAAGACAAUGGUUUUUAGGUUAGUGAAGUGAGGGAAAGUUUUUCUUUUUCCACACGUCUGAUGGUUCAGGUAAAGUUUACGACACAGAGGUGCGUUUUUAUACAUCAGUAUUUGAAAAUAAAAUGUUAAAGUUGUUCCUUUAUAUGUAUACACUGCCACUAAUAUUUUAGAAGACUGUUAAGGCUGUUUGACCUCUUCCACUUAGAAAAUGUGAGUUUCCAAAACCUAGAAGCAGAAGUUUGUUUCCUUUUUUAUUAUUAUUAUUAUUUUUUGUAUAAUCAUAAGUAAUGUUUAGCUUUUAAUUUGUGUUUUGGACAGCAUUAGAAUUGUGUCCAGCACCGCACCCGCAUGCUGUCUAUUUAUAAUGCUGCUCCUUAAUAUUAUUUAACUUACUUGCUUUAGACUGUUAUCAGCUGCUGUUUCAAUCCACUUGUUGUAAUUUCCUUUGCUUUUUGUAUUUUUAUUUUUAUUUUUUUAUUUGGAAAGGUUUACCUAGAAAGGAAGAGGACAGGUGGAGUUGCUAAUGAGCUUGAGCCACCUUGUACCUUAACACUGGACUCCUUUUCUAUGAGAAGAUAACAAGCGGAACAGAAAAUGCACUACUUAUGAGAUGUUGCUGCCACCUGGUGGCCAACAUACCGCUUUAUUUAUUCUAGCAAAGGUACAAGGAAGGCCAAAAUGAUGGCCUAGUCAGUGCCGACUUUCCAGCCAGUGACUCUGAGGCUUACUAAAAUGGUCCUGAGGCGUGGCAUACAGUGCCGCCCCCACACCUCCUAAUUCCCCACCAAUCCGUUGCCAUGCCUAGGACUGAGUGCACAGUGCGUUUGACAAAAACGAGAGAGUAAAUGACUUCCUUUGUAGAAUUUAGUCUCCUGCUACAUUUCCAUGAGACUGAAAGUGACUAUUUGCACAUUUCCUUCAGAUGUCUGUGCUUAGUAUUACAAUUGAAAUGUUUUAUUUCAGAACCAGAAACUCUAUGGAUAAUUUUGUAAGAAAAAAAAAAAAAACUUUUUAAAUAGCUGUCCAGAAACUUGAGAAGAGGACUGCAAACAUGUUGCACUGCUGAAACCAAUAAGUGCACUACUGAUACCAGGGCUGUCGUACCUUCAGCCUAGUUUGUUUUUUUUUUUUUGUAUUUUUUUAGCUUUUCUGUUCAACGCAGUUUCAGCUUCCUUUGUUGAAAGAGCAAGCACGAUUUAAAGAGAGAAAGGGUGAAAGACAGAGUGCUUAAGUGACAUUUCCCCCAUAAUUUUAAGUCUUAUUUGGAAGAAGGGGAACUGUAAUUCAUUGUGGCAAUUGUGUGCCAUUUGUGGGCACCCUUGUUGCACUGUAGAGGCUUUUACUCUGUUGCUGUCAUGUUAUCAGUGCAGGUUAAAUUACAUUCUUGCUUCCUGCAUGAUUGCAAUGUUUGCAAGCCAUUUCUGCUGCAGCUCAGUGCCACCUUGUUCUUGCUGGAACUGGCACAAUUGUGAUGGUUCAAGGGUCUUGUCUGCCACUCUGGUCUUCAGCUUUCCCAGUAUAAGUAGAUAUGGUAGAGAUAUUUGUCUAAUUCCACUAUUUUUGUUGUAGUUAUUUCUUCCUGACUGGUCACAGUAACCACUCUGCUUUGAAUGUAGCAGGCCUACCACAGGUUUGCCUAUGUAAGUCUUGUGCCUGUUACCUGCCCACCUUCACUGUAGAGUAAUGCACAUCCUUUGGUUCUUUUCUGGGUAAACAUCAGCGCACCCCAGAGAUUAUCAUACAGUAAAAAUAAAAAAUAAAGGAACCUGUAAUGUGCUAGUCUAACACUAAGCAAUCCUUUUGCUGAUUCUGUCACACACUAUGGCUACAGAAUCAGAAACAAAAGUGCAACCGACACAAUUACAUUCUCUACCUUUCUUUUUUUCUGUGCUAAGCUGAAUGGAGCCAUUUAAAUUUUCACUACUAGCCAGAUUAUUAGAAUAACAGUAUCUUAUAUAUAGUAAAUGAGCUUGACUGAUUGACUCAGUGGCCUCUUUCUGACAAACUGGGUUUGAAUGUAAAGAUUGACAACCUGUAUAAAAGGUAGUAUUAAAGAUUUAUGAGUCUGUAUUUUAAAAAAAAAAUCUUGAUGUUUGUAAAGAUGAUGAUUUCAUUCAUUCACCAUGUUUCAGUACCACUUGUCCUUGUUUGUGGUUGUUUUAACAUUUAUUUCUGAACCUUCAUGACUGUUGAGGAGCUUCCUUGGAUUAACAGUUUUUAAAAUCAAAUAAUGGAUUACCCCACUGUGACAAUAAACUCAAACUUAAAUUCUUUUUUGAAGUGUUUUGAAGAACAAUUCAAUUGAGUAGGACAGAUGAUGUGUUGAGCUCUUCAAGAUAUCAGUUGCGGUCGCUGUGUGAGUGGCAAGACAAAUCCCAGCACACUGCAUUAUUUCCCGUUUAAGCAGAAAGGGUGGCAACUCAAGCUCCAGUGCAUUUUACAUUAUGUUAUUCAGAAUAAAGUUUGGAGACUUUAUGUAUGUAUCCAUGCAGAGUUUGCUGCUCAUCAUAUAUAUUUUAAGGCACUAAGCCAAUUUACCUUUAUGCCAGCUUAUUUUUAUGCUGUAGUCUUUACUGUGACGCAACCCUGUCAUUUAGAGUGGGCGCUGUAUGGUUUUAUUUUUUUUGUAUCACGUUAUUAAAGUCCAGAUUCUCUCUUGCACAUGUGUUUCUGGUGCAGAACACCUGGAUGUGCUUUGAAAAUGCUCAUCGCCUUAAUAGCCAGAGGAGGAAUGUGCAAGAUCUCAAGAGACUGCACCCUCUCAGCAAAUCGGACAACUUCCUUUGCCAAGAUGGAGCUGAGGGCCAACCAUACCGUUCGUUCCCAGGAGAUUCCUCCGCACAGCUCCAGCAAGGACAGAAACAUACAGUGGUUUUACUCAUUUUGACAGAGAAUUUUUCAACUUUGCAUAUUUUUACAGAACUUUUUUAUGCUCUGCAUUUUUUAACUGAACAGUCUUUAUUUUGCAUGUUUUAAUUUUACUCUUCUGUAGUGCACACGACUUCCUGUAGAAUCGGUGCGGAAACAUUUGCACUCGGGGGAGGGAGGACAGAGGCUUGUAGGUUUUCAGCUUUUUUAUCUUAUUGUAUUCUUUUUGUAAUAAGGGACUUUUGGACUUUCUGUUAGAAGCCCCUCUCUGGACUCCACAUCCAACGUCCUGAAAUGUGUCUUUUACAGCAAAUUAAUUUACUAUAUUUUGCCCCAUUUGAAACCAAAGGGCUAGACAAAAAAAGAAACAGAUGGAUUUUGAUAUAUGCUGUAAAGGACUAAGUGGGAUGGCUGCUGUCAGUUGUGUGCUCUCCACCAGAGCAUUGUUUCUUAAUUCACUUCCGAAUGGCUUAAUCUGUGCCUUUCUGACUGACGCUAUGCUUUGACCCACUGGUGACUCCUAACAGAAUUUAGCCUUAUGAUGGAAGGAAGUGCUCAUUGUAAUGAGUUGUUUUAUUUCCAAGCCUACAAUUGCCCAUGUCAUAAUAGCAAUGCCUUUAACGAACAGCAGCCUGCAACCUUUUCUUCUCACCGUGUAACAGUAUGGCUAGACUGACCCUUUAGGUAUUUUCCUGCAGCACUCUACACAAGCAGAGCUUACUAGCAGAUUUGUCUGGUUGCACCAUCAGCUUACCUAAAACGCAGUGUAGCUUUGCAAAGCACUGGCAGCUUUUGCAGGAAAAGGCAAUCUGAGGCCUUUCAUUUGUGGAAAAAUUGAGAAAUCUGCUUUGGGCUAAUGAUGUACAGUACAUUGCAUAUAUUCAACAGUCCUUUCUAACAAAACUGUUCUAAAUGUUUAAUCCUAGUCUCAUAUAUCAGAGUUUGGCAGGGACGUUUUUCAGUCCAGCCAUUUUGAAUUACUGCAUACUUCCUUACAUUUGACUCCAAGUACUGCACAUAUCUCCACCUUUCUAUUUUCUCCCGCAUGACUGGGCUCCCCUUUAAAAUGGAAAAAUGGACAAGUAGGUCCUGUAGGCAUGUGAUCUGCCUGCUUGGACAUAAAACAACAAGAGAACUGACAUCUUUCUGGCUCAAGCAACCAGAUAAGGGAGGAGCCGCUCAGUUGCUCACAUUCUAAAAAUGUGCCACCUGUGUCCUCCUUAUUUUUAAAUGAGCCUUAAAAUGAAAUCUUAAAGUGAAAAUUGAUCUUCUUAUGUAGAGAUAAUCUCUUACCAUGCUAGUGUGUUAACAGUGAUGAAGAUCUCUUUCUGUAUUUCUGCUUUGAACUACAUAAUGCUGAAUUUGAGUUAAGUGCUUCAUGAGUUCACAGUGUCUCAGAUUUUUCCUUUGCUCAAUGGGCGACAGCAGUUUGGUUAAGGAGACACAGUAACAGAUCUGCCUACUUUAAAGUUGGCAUUUUGGUUAUUUAUUUAAAAAGCCAAUGAGCAACAUAAUACUUUUAGAGCAUUUUGGUGACUGAAACACCCAUCAUGCCUUCUCACCAUCAUUCCUUCUGGCUGAGGCUGGAGCUGUUAAAGUGCAGCACGUAUAACAUUUCAGUUUUCAGGCUGAUGUGUUCCAGUUUACUGUGUCCAGUGGGUCCCAUGAACACAAAAAUAAGAAAAAUCUGAAAUUCAUUACCUUGUACGUAAGUGAUAGCCCAAUUUUUAAAUCUUUAUCCCCCAUUUUAUCCAAAAUAUUUUGGGGGAUCAGGGCAGCCUUAAAAUCACAGGACAUAUAUAUUAUAUCAACAAAUACUACAUAUAUGAAAAAAACUUUUUUUUUUGAGGGCAGCAUUCUUUGAGGUAGCUGUUGUCAACAACACUUUGCCAUUGUCACACCGGCAAUGCCACCUUUCUAUAAUCAGAAAAUUCUUCCUCAGAAGCAAGACGCUUCAAGAUCACUUCAUUGAAAUUUAACACUGGGUAAAUAUCCAAUCUCAUUAAUGAAGCGUUUGACCAGAGAUGUUUUGCAUUUUUUUUAAGAUAUGUUUAAUUUCCAGAUGCUUUCUCUCUCCUGCGAUAUACAUUUAAAAUGAGAAAAACUGAAGUAGCAGAUCUAUAAACGUAAAUUGUUAAUGAGAAACCAAUCCUUCAGUGAAGAGAGCCAAACUGGCACCUAUUCCAGUCAUGCAGUUAUACACAAUAUGGUUUUCUUUCGAUCAGACUGAAAUAUCACAAAGCAUAUACAAGCAAAGCAAGCAUAAACCAAAGUUACACUUAUUCUUGCCUGGCAACUGGCCCUGAACUGGAAGUUAAAGGCAGUAUCUUAAAGAGAGCCCUUUAGUUGCACACAAGUGAAAUCUGACAUUACUAUAGGACAUACUGCCACAUGGGCGCACCAAAGAUAAACGUUUUACAUCAGAUGUAAAUUACUGACUCUUUUUAAUUGAACUCUGUGCCUGGGUUUGCUUUUUAUUGUUCUGUUUUGGCACUUCCUUAAUGAGUUUUAGAGGAUGCUAUGACAUGUAUCUUUUACUUUGUUACCAAAACCAGCAAAUGUGAAGUGCUUUGGAAAAUUCUAGAUUACUAACCUGCUUGUUAAGGCAGCUUUUUUUUUUGUUUAUGUUGCUGUAAUAACGGUAGAUAGUUGUGAUGAACAGACAUACUGUGGGGCAGCUCUUUCAUUGUCGUUCAUGCUUGUGCCUAACACAGCAGAUUACCAGCUUUAAACAACAUUUAUAGGGGGACAAAUGUGAAAGCAAGCCACAACAGUAAUGCAUGUCUUAAAUUUUUUUAAAACUGUACCUUACUGCAACAUAGACAAAAGUGAAGUCUACUUGAGUAAAGAUUUGAUUAAAAGCACACAUUGGUCUCUGAUUAACUGAUAGUUUGCAACAAAAACCUGUAAACUCAUUGGCACUCCACAAUCUCAGUUGGUUACCCAUGUGAUAGCAGGACUUGUGGGAGAAAUGGGUUAGGGCACUUUGUAAUGAGGUUGCUCUUCAAGUUAUUCAUAUUGAGGAUGUGUACCUUUCAACAUUAUCUGCCAUCUUGCUUCAUUACUUACAUUCAGUUUCAAAAAGCUCAGAUACUUCUUUUAGUCCAUUCAUUCAUUUGCUGAUUCUGCUUUUCCAGUACAGGGUCAGGGAGAGCCGGCGUAAGGCACAAGGCAAGAACCAGCCCUGGACAGAUCAUUAGUCCGUGGCAGGCCACAGUCACACUCAGUUGUGAAGGUCAAGUUUUAAGUCACCAGUUUUCCUGAACUGCACAUUUGUGUGAGAGAACUGAAGUACUCGGGAAGAUCAACUUCCUGGGAAAACUGUUUACUGAAGUGGGAAGGCAGCAGUAUUAACCAUUGCAUACAUUUCUAUACAUUGCAAAAAAAAAAUGACACACAUGGUUCUAAAAAUCCAUCCACUUACUCAGCCCAGGAGAUAAACGUUAUCAACCAGUAUAGAAAGAAACUCUUGGUAACAUUGGAUUCCACAGUAAAUAAAACUUUAUGACAAUCUGAGGCAGCCAACUGUUUGGAACGUGCUGUUCAUUCACAAGUUUCUUUCUGCUAUGUCACUAGUCAGGUGUUCAGCCUUAAAGUGUCAGGUUGUGUUAUUAGUCUACUGAUGACAACUUAAAGGGAUCUUGACUGUCUGCUUUCAGAGCUCUGUUUCCUUCAUUUGUUAGCUAAAAGAGCCACAUCUCACCAGCAGAUAUGGCCAUGAGAUGUGUCAACUGCCUGCAGAACAGGUUUGUAACAAGAGAGAUAUAAAGGCUUCCUUUCUGCAAAAACUCCGCUUUCGAGCAGUAUGGAGUGGAACUGUAAGCCUUUGUCUGUUGACCCUAAAGUGUAUAAUCGUUUUGAGCAAGAGAUGUGCUUUACAGUGUUAGCAGCCUGUGGGAGGGUUCAUUGUUGGGUCUAUUGCCAUAUCUUACUUUGAAGGAAGUUGUUGACCCUCAAAUGUCUUUGGGAUUAUAUGCUUUGAGAACAUUUUGUUUGGGGGCAGAUAGAAUUCACCUUUGCCUAAUACUGUACACAAUGGUUUGUUUGUACUGGACAGUUCCCCUUUUAACUCACUGAGAAUUAUGCAGCCUCAGUUUUUUGUACAUUCCCCUUAGGAGCUAACACUGACACACAUGGAUCACUGUGAACAACAUGGCUGAAAAAGCAGCACUGGGGGCUGUAACUUUGGAGGCUCUCAAUUAUGGUGGUAUAUUGUUUCUUACAGGUUCCCUCUCUUUAUUGGCACCUCUGGAUCUUGGGUUGCAAAGAAGCGGCCAUUUAUUCUGUCCACCAACAAAGCUUGGCAUUUUAGACGACAUGUCCAAGGUUUACUGGACAAGGACCAAACCCUUCUUGUCUCUUUAGCACAAUCACCACUCCACUGUACUCCUAACUUGACUUCUGCCUUAGGCUGCUCUGAAUUCACUUUGGCCCAAAGGUAAACAUUAAUGUAACAAAAACAUUUUCCACAAAUCCACCACUUUCUGAAACUCACAAUAUCAUUAGAGAUAAAAAAAAGAGUAGCGUUUCACUAACUUCUACUCCAAAGUGGAAAGGACCCUGCUGAACCACCCAGAAUAUUGAACAAGUGAUAAGGCAAGCAGCUCAGUCUUCAGUGUUUUGUUAUUUUUUUUUUUUUUCUCAGUCCAUAUCUUCCGUGUUUAUGUUACAUAGAUUCCGUAUUUUUUAGGAUCUUGGAGAGUUUUUGUACAUCUCGGCAGCAGGAAAAUUUUCUUUGCCAUCAGCCUCCAGUUUCUGUUUGGCAGGCGUAAGUCUAGCCUGCCUUAGUUGAACACAUUUAUGAUAAAACCAAGUUUGCCCUUAAGGAUAUGCUGCAGUAAUGUUUCUCAACUCGAAUUCUUGAUAUGUGUUCGGAGUUGGCUUUCUUGUCUGUUUUUUAUUGUUACAAAAAUGUUUGUAAUGUAAAGACUGCUGUUUUUGAGCUGGAUAAAAAGGGGAUUUUUUUAAUAUAUGAGGGUGUUUUAUAUUCUGACUUGUCAAAACACUGGACUGUGAUUGUGUUUGUGAUGUGUCCGUAAGGAAUGGCCCGGCCCGCAACGGCGUCUUUUCCACCUUUCUGAUUAAAGUUCAGAAUUGCUAACGAGGAGGCAGGAGAUCAUCGGUCUCCAGUGUCUUCCCCAGUGUAACCCUGAUUGAUCCCUGCUAGUAAUGAGAUAGCGUAGUGAUGUGCCACAGCCCCCUCCCCAGCCCCACUGAGAGAUGCCCACUGCAGGCACAAGCUCAGAGGCAUUUUAUUGCUAAUCAGCAGAUUUGCCUUUUAGUGAUUUGAUUCUUAAUUUAAAAAUGUAUCUGUAUACAGUACACAGAACACGUUCCUUGUUGAAGGGGGGGCUGUCAUGAAUGAUUUAUUAUUCAACCUUUAGCCCAAAUGUUUAACUUCAAAUACCAAAAAAAAAUUGAAUAGUCCCAAAAAAAAAAAAAUAAGAUACGUGAUGCCCUGGAGGUCACUGUGCUAAAGACCAAACAGUUUUUUCUAUUAUUUCUUUUGUGCUCUAUUAAAAAAAGGGAUACCAGUCAAGCACCUUUAAACUGAAAAGGGUGAGGGUUGGCAAAAAGAUGCAUCACCCCUAAUUGAGAGAUGCCAUUGCAGUCAAGUCCUUCUAAGGUGGGCAAGUGUGGCUCUUUUAGGCCAAGUAUCAGCACCUUCAUGAAUUUGGGUUGCACUAACUGAGUCAUGGUGUUUUAUGUGCGUAGCAAUACACCUCUGUGCCAGGCAGAGAGGUGCCAGGAAAGGCCAGAUGGCAAAGCAUUGAAGAUUUCACGUGGAGAUAUUUAAGAUGGAUUUGUGAUGGCUUUCUAAGCCACUUACCAAUCUAAAACCUAAUCACACUUCCUCUAGCAGAUCAUGCAAGUUAUAUCCCAAGUCGCUGGGUACAAAGUCUAAACAACAACCAAAUCUGCCCUUCUUUCUGCUUCCUCUAGUGAUACGUUUGGCAUAGGAAAAAAGGUUUUGGUUGCAGGUCAACGACCACAGUAUGAAUCUAAAGUAUUGCAUUAGCCGUAAGGACCGAAGCCACUGCAUUCAGCCCUGGCUGCUUUAACCAAAAACUCUGCAGUAUUGCCGUUGUUUUGCUCAACCUCCAUAUCUAAACGUGUCACGUUACAGAGGAAGCGCAGUGACGUGCCUUCUGUUAGCUUCUCAUUGAACAAUCAGAGUCGAUGACCGGAAAACUGCUCCAGCCAUUUUAGGCAAACACUUUUUGCACUAAAGCCUACCCACCGCUAGUGUAAGCCAAUCACAUCACCAAAAAAAAAAAAAACAAAAAUCUCGCCACAUCACAAAGUAAGGGUUCAUAGCCGUGAACUCAAUCCAUUUUAGUAUCUCCACGUGCAGCAUCCUCUCCAAUCCGCCCGCUGGCGUCAAGCCAAGAGGGUGCAGGCCUUUUCACACCUCUGCUUUGCCAGGUCAGGCGCUACUGGUUAAACAAAGACAGUGAAAACUAGCAGUUUGUUUAUUUUAUUCCAGUUUGCUUUCUUUCUGUUUAUGUUGGAAAAUAAAAUCAACUAAAUGUCAAUUGAAGACGCAUGGGGUCGCUUCGGGACCUUUGGACUUUUUUCUUUUUAUUUUUCUGUUAUCUUCGGACAGGGGAAGCAAACUGAAAACAUAAUAAGAAAUCUAUACAAGAGACUUUAAAAGCACCUUACACAUGGCAGCCUAAUGAGAAAAGGCUGUCAUUUUAUUGUUUCUUAUUUAGCACCUUAAUAUAUGUUUUAAGUCUCCUGUUGUUUAAGUUGUUGUCCAACAUUUCACCUGUUUAACUAAACUGCCUUGUAUAUUAUUUAAGGAGAACCUUUAUCUGUUUUCUACAAAUAUUUAAAGGCAUGUGCCAAAGUCCCGAAGCUGAUCCCUGUGUCUUCUCUCAGCUCUUAGUCAUAAUCACGCUAUGUCAUUUAUGAGACCUGUAUUGUACACCUUCCUUUCAAGUGCUUUAAAAAAGAAAAUUCUACCAGUUUUAUUUUAGCCGACCGUAUCCUAACUUGCCAUUUACAAUUAGCCCUGUGCUUCACGUAUAUUUACCUGUGAUGUGUAUUCGUUACUAUAAAGAAUAGCCGUAGUGCUUCAUUACGUUCUAUAUUAUUGUGACUUUUCGAAAUACUGUGAAGACUUAUCUUGCGUAUACUUUAUACAGAAGUAUUAAGCCUUAAUACAAAAGAUAAAAAGAAAAAAAUGUUGUGUGGAAGAAAAAAAUGAUUGUUGCUAAGUAAGGAUGAAGAUUUUUUUGUAAAUGUUACCAGCACUUUUUUUUGUAAGUUUCACUUUCUGAGGUAUUGUACAAGUUCACGCUGUUUGUGAAGUUUGAAUAUGAAGGAAAUAAAAACUCUAGUACUUUCCUGUACUUUACUCAA